GGCAAGGUGACAGCGAUGGCUGGUUGCGGUGUUGUUGCAGCUGCUGCACCGUCUCCGAUUGAGCUUUCCUUGUCACCACUUAUCCGGAAGCUCCGCCAUCAAUUGACGGAGAUUAGAGAAAGAGCUCUUAAGAAUAUUUUGUGCAAAUUAGAUCAUAAUUUGAUUACAUAUGCUGAUUUAGUUCAAGAAAAGCUGCUUUUUACCGGUCUUCUAGAAUGGUUCAAUUUUCCUAUAGUGCCAAUGAAAGAAGAAGUUCUAAAUUUAGUGAGCAACUUGGUAAAGCAUCCGUCUGCUGUGGAGCAGCUUGUUGGGAUAGGGGCAGUGGAUUUCUUCUCCCAGCUUCGUCCAAAUGUGGAUCCAAAUCUGCAGACUGUGAUUGAUGGGAUUCUGGAUGGACUAUUUGUACUGCCUCCAGAAAUGUCCUCUGAUUAUCAGGCAAUGCCUUAUCAAGCUGAGCCUUUGCCAACAGCAUCUUAUUCUGUGUUGCCCCAAGAAGCUCAUGCUGGAUACUUUCAACAAGAGAAAAGUCAUUUACAAGAAACAGAAACACCACCAAACCAAUUGGCUGUGAAACAUGGAGUAAAGUGCUUUAAAUUUACUACAUUUCCUUGGUUAUCCUUGACCACAACAGAUAGGCAUGUUGUCUCCUCAAGUGAAAGCUCACUGAGAAGCAAAAAUCACAAGUUAAUUUGGAAUACAUGCGAACUUCUACAAGAUGUUAUCAUGCAAGACUUUCCUGCUGAGAUCUUUCUCCAAAGACCAAAGAUUGUUCAGAGUCUUUUCUCUCUGACAACGCUAGCUCUUGGAGGAGAUGGACAACACCGUUUGGCCUUACAGGCUAUCUUAUGCCUGCAACAGUUAUGUGUCUUGUUAAGAAACAGGCUUAAUUUUCAUAGAGAUCCAAGUUUUGUCUCAAGUGAACCAGGUACCAUUUCCCAGAAUUCCUCAAUGUCACAUGGGCAAGAUGCAAGAAGACUCUCUCAUUCUCAGAAUCCAUCUCCUGGUAGCAGUAGUCCUCGACCCUCUGUGAUAGGGCGCACAGGUCAGCGUCCCAGAGGUGAUGGUCAAGAUUGGGAUGCAGCAUCUUCCAGUGGAAGCAGUUCCCAUGCUAAUACAAAUUCCAGAAUAUCUGUUCCAUCACCUUUGAGUAUGGGUCACAUUGACUUGCCAGAACUGGAAAAUGAGGACACCUUGGAGUUACAGUUUCAACAGCUUAGUCUUCCUAGGUUCUGUGUAGAAGUUUUGGAAUAUACUGUGCCUCUUUUAAGAACAGGUGGCAGGAGAGUGACUUUGCAAGUUCUAGAAUUGCUCACGGAAGACCUUCUGCUUAUUGUUGAUGCCAUCUCUGAAGAUGUUUGGGAAGACAGCAGUCUCUUUGGACUAGAACUUAAAGAAAAGCUGCUUGAAAUCCUAGAUUCUUUAGGUGAAACCAUAUCCUACCAUAACAGAAAUGCAAGUUCACAGCAGCCAGAGUUUAUGACAGUACAUCACAGAAUCAUGUUCAUUAGUGUUUCACUUUUCACAGUUCGAUUGUUGCAAGCACUUGUCCCCGUAGAGAAGGCCGGCAGCGUUUUACCAGAAAGCUUACUGGCUGCUUUAUUUGUCCUUUCACUGGACAUGCCUUUCUCUUUGGAAUACCCAAGUAUUCAUGAAUCUGUCACGGCUUACUUGGAACAAACAAAUUCGGAAGACUACACUAUUUAUAAACAAGCUGCACAGGCUGUGUAUUCAAUUGAGUGCACCUGUAACUUUAUGCUGGAUGUCCACAGAGAGGGAGAAAAAAAUCUUCUUGAUUUGCUAGAGCUGGCAGAACAGGGCCUAAAAAGCCUUCCAUAUCAUCAAUACUUUCCCUUGCUUCACGAAUUCAUCAGUCUUUGCUCAAACAUCUGGAAGUCUGCCCAAGCAAGCCCAUUUCUGCAGGCUGAGAGUCAAAAGGUGUUCCUCCAUCUGUUGUCCCAUCCUGUGUUGAACAUAAGAGCUGAAGCCUAUAGCUGCUGCCUCAAAACUGUUAAAGAAUGUUUAGGUAUUCAUAAUAUCACUACACCUGUUUCUGUAGUCAGCUAUGGAGUACAUUUCCUGCUUCAUACCAAAGUUCUGUAUGAAAUCUGUAGUUUUGGACUUCAAGACUCUCAUCAUGAGGUAUGUUCAGCUGCCACGUUUAUACUGAUGUAUCUUCUUCAGGGCCGAUUGAUGAUGGCAGCAGUGACUUGGAACAAGUUUAUUGAGGCCCUUUAUCCUGUUGUUCCAAUUCUUCAGGGUUAUGCAGACACAGAAGAACCUCUGGGUAGCUGCAUCCUCUCACUGAGUGAAACAACUGCUGAAAAAGAAGGAAUUUUUCCAAGAACUACUAGACUUAGGGUUGCCUUGCGCCUUUUGUUCUCAAAAAAACCACUAGUCCGUUCCAUGGCUCUCAAGCAUUUAAUGUUUCAUCUUACGGUUGAAGAAGAUGCAAAUCUGAAGCGCCCACUACUGCAUGGUAGUGCUGUUUCCAGCAUUCCCAACUUACUUAUUGUGGCAAAGCCUAUUGAAAUCAAACUGGAUGAUGCAAGAGAGUCAGUUUUUAAGGCUGAGACAGUUGCAAAACUGUAUGAUAUAUUUAUCUCUGACACUAUUGAUCUAGUUUUGAGGAAGUCUGCAGCUGAGCAGUUAGCUGUAAUUAUGCAAGAUUCUAAAAUCCAUCACAUUAUCAAAAAGAUGGGUGUAAUAGACAAGAUACUUGCUUAUUUAACUGAAUGUGUUGACCGAGAUGGAAAGAUCAUGGACUGUAUGAUGUUGCCGUGUCUCAUGCUUUUACGGAAACUUGUAUAUGCAGAUCCAGCACAACGGCUGGCAUUGGCCUAUCAGCCUUCUGUUUUGCUGUUGUUACUUCGAGUGGCCUUGAUAUUCCAAGAUUAUGGUGCCAUUGUGAGUGAAGCCUCAGCAUUGCUUUUUCUACUACUGUUUGAUGAAGCAGCAAGAAAAGAGAUGUGGGCUGAUACUUUUUCCUGUGAUUCUAAUAGCAUUCUCCCUUUUAGUUUGCCUGUUGCUAUUGUGAGACGGUAUCAUCUACCUGUUAGAAUUGCUGGUUAUCAUGCCGUGAGUCCCAACUCAGUGGUGUUGCCAUUUUCUGGUGAACUCUGGGCCUCAAAGUCUGUGUCAAACAUGUUUAAAAUGGCUUGGAAUUUGUCUUGGUUCCAUGGAGUUGAUAACAUACUAAAACUCACCAGUUAUGAGACAGCAACAGAACAAUUUUCAGAUACAUUAAAGUUCUCUUCUGAGGAUCUUCUUACACUGAGGAUAACUCAUGCAACCAGUGGACUGCAAGACUGUCUUAAUUCAAUCAUUCAAGCGGUGUCCCACAGGGAAGUUAGGGCUGCUGUCACAAGAAUGAAUUUUUAUAUUCUGAAUGACAGACUGGCAUUAAUGUGCAGCAGUGGCCUUUGUGGGGCUACUUUGAAGUUUUUGGCUUGGCAAUCAGCAUUAAGCAGGUUUCUUCAGGUGCUUCCAGCUUCUUCAGAAGAUGAGAAGUUAUUGGCUGAUGUCAUUCAUUUUCUAAACACCUUUCUGAAGGAACAGAAGAUUACUUCAGAAGUUGAACACCUAAAAUGGAUCCUGGAUGUAGUCCUGAAGAAUAAUCCAAAAUCUCUGCUAGACCUUGUGGUGCAGCCAGAAUCCCAAGCACAAGAUGAAGUAGAUGACCUAAGGAUUGCUGUCAGACAACAACUGCAGAAAGAAUUGAUUGCCUUCUUUAAUACACUUCUGCUCAGCUUCAUGUCUGUUUCUGACAGAAAAGACCUAGAACUUAUUGGCUAUUUCCGAACAGAGCUAGCCCUGAAACUUCUGCAGUAUUUGCGUGUAACAGAUGCACCCCAUUUCUAUGGAUUGCCUUCUUUGGAGAGAACAUUAAGAGGAAUGGUUCAUAUUACUGCAUUCCCAGGUUGGAGUUCAUACUCUGUUUCCAUGGAGCCAUUUACAAUUUGCAAGAAAUAUUUAGCAGGGCUUCUUGAGGUCAUCUCAUCUUUUUAUGUUGAAUGGGGAGGAAAUGCCAUGUCUUUCAUGGGGAAAGGUGUUACAAAGAGCGCCAUCCUUUGUCUGCUUCACUUGUCCCACGAAAUGAUGGCUCAGGCCCAAAAUGAGGACUGGGUAUCUCUCUGGUUCUUGCCAUAUGACAAUAGUGAAGAACAAACCCUUUCUCGGCAAGGCUUGGCUUGGCUGAUUCCAUUAUGGGUAGACAGAGACCCAGAGGUGAAAUUCACCUCACUCGCAAUCGGAUCAGCACUUACAUCACUUGAAGUAGGUUGCUUUGCUUUAGCUGAAAGCUGCCAGAACAUUUCAGGAGGCUUAUGGGGAACAGUGAUUAACAUUCUCCUGGACAAAUCUGAAUGCAGCAUGGUCCGAAGAGAGGCUGCAUUUAUUCUUCAGAAUCUAUUAGUGAUUCCAUUGCCCACUGAAGAGGCCAAAGACCCCAUUUGGCAGGGACCUUGCGUGCAUGAUGAAGAAUCUGGUCUAUCUCUGAUUGGAAAAACUGCCCUCCAGGCCUUGCUAUAUCAUUGCCACUUCUACGAGCAUUUAAAUGAGAUGGUGAAUGAGUGCUACCUAGGUCGGUGUACAUUUGAUCUCAAUUGUUCCUUGGGAGACAGCCUGGCAGCAGAAAAGAAUAGUAUAAAUGAUCUUGAUGAUUCUCUCUCUUUUUUGAGAAUCCAUUCUAGUCAAAGCCAGUCUUCAAAUUCCCAGUCAACAUCUGACACUGUGAUCAUUUCGGCAGCGCCAUCUCUGGAGUGUGCUAGGGAAGUGCAAGCACCCACCUCACCACCUGUUAGUAUUAUUCGUGAAGUGCCAGUUAAUCGACUCAUGGCUCAAGGACAGAGUGACACAGCCACAACUGCAUCUUCGAGUCCACAGGAUUCCCCGCAGUCUCUCAUUAGACCUAAGCAGUGUGCAGUGGUCACACCUCCUCUCCUCUCAGCUGUUUGUAGCUUGCUGGACAACCUGCUGAUUGUAUCUCCAAAAGACACCGGGAAUGCUGUUCAGCGAGCACAUACACUAACUGCUCUCAGUAGUCUUGUAAAUUCUGGCUUGAUAGAGAGAUGCAUCAUGGAAAUUAAAGCACCUCUGCCUCAGCCAUCUCAUAUGGAGUAUGCAAAAUUCCAGGUUUUGUUUCUACUGCAAUUCGUAUCAUCAUUGGCUCAACUCCUACAGACUUGCUUGUUGAUAGACACUAAUCUUGUGAUGCAAGAUGAGUUAUUGCCAUCUCUUUUGGAAAGUGCUUUUGUGGUACUUUCCAUUGGUUCUAAGGAUGACUUAGGAACUGAGUUAUCAGCUGCAGUUCACCAAGCUUGGGAAGACUUAUUCAGCUUUUUGGCUACACUGUUAAGAAAAUGUGGCAGUAUUGCUCUACCAUCUGUGACUGCAGCACUUGCAAAGCAUUGGACAGCAAUAAUAGAUACAGUAUGUGAAUGUACACAUCUCUCCAUCAGAUGCCCUAAUUUGUACAUGACCUGCUUACAGUUCCUUGCCAUUCUUUUUUCCGAAGAAGGAAAGAGAAAGCUCAGCAAUAAAGACAGCGCUUGCUACCAUCCAACAGUGGGUUUCCUCCUAGAUGAAGAUGAGAGAAGCCGACCAUAUGUAGCUAAGCUUUGUGAACUGAUAAUUCAGAACUAUGAAGGAAAAUCAUUUCUAGAUGUGCUGAAACACUUUUCUGCAAGUGCGCUGCUUCCCCUUUUGGCUGUCAGUAAAAGUGCUCAGAAAUGUGCUUCGGAAGCCAACCUCAUAGAGACCUGCCUGGAACAGAUGAAACAUAUUCAUGCACAACUGAACCUUGAUUCUUUGAGGCCUGGAAAAGCAUUUCAAAGGAAAAAAGAUGAUAAUCUCAGCAAAGAAUUAAAGCUUGUCAUGCAGCUCCUACGAAAUUGCUUCUUUCAGAAUGAAAACUGCAAAGCAGCAGCUCUUGGAACUCACCUUAUCUCUAUUCUCCAUUCACUGUGGCCAUGGCUUUUAAUGGAUGACUCAUUGAUGCAAACAGCUCUGCAUUUGCUUUGUGUCUAUACUGCAAACUAUCCUUCAGGUUGUGGCUCUCUGUGUGUGUCAAGCAGUGGAUUGUCACCCCUUCAAACUGCUCAAAGAACUGCAGCUGGGAACUCAUUAAUGCAUAGCAUUGUGAAGUUAGCAUCUCAAACUCCAGCUGAGAACAGUGUCAUCCAGCAGAUGACCUUUAAUCUACUGGCUAACCUGGUUAUAUCUCAUGACUGUAAGGGGAUUCUUCAGAAGAAUAACUUCCUGCAGAAUUUUUUAUCAGUUUCAUUGCCCAAAGGAGGAAAUAAAAGCCUUGGUUCACUGGCUGUUGCUUGGCUAAAGCUCCUGCUGAAUUUAUCAUUUGGAGAAGAUGGACAGCAAAUGAUUGUGAAACUGAAUGGUAGCUUAGAUCAACUGAUAGAGAUGGCCAAGUUCAAACAUCGAAGUAAUCCAAACAUAAUUCUCCUAAUUGUGCACAAUAUCUGCUUUAACCCAGCCAACAAACCAAAGAUACUAGCUAAUGAUAAAGCUAUUUCAUUGCUAUCUGACUGUCUGGAAAGUGAUAGCCCUGCAGCUCAAAGAAUAGGAGCAUCUGCACUUUGGGCUUUGCUGCACAAUUAUCAGAAGGCAAAAGUGACUUUGAAGAAUCCAUCAAUAAAAAGAAGAGUAGAUGAAGCCUUUAUUUCAGUAAAGAAAGCUCUUCAGCAGCAAGAAGAAAGCAAGCAAGAUGCCUAUCAUUUAAAAUGUCUAGAAAGCCUAGUGCAACUUCUUGGCACUUAAGGAAUGCAAUCUGCAUGUCACAGGACUGGUUUUUUUGAAAGGUACUAGAACCCAAAUUGAAUUUUAAACUCAUUGUGCAGAGGAAAACUACCAUGCUGAUUCUUUAGAUGACUAUUUGAAGAUCUUAUACCAACAAAUUUCAAUACAGUUGUUCAUUUUUCUGGAAACACAGUUACAAUAUCCUGGUGCUAUAAAU